CACUUUCUGGCUAGCGCGGUAAAAAUGACAUAUGCUGCUAAGGGUGGAUGUCGAAAUCCAAGGCUUUUAGGUUGCAGCCACUAAAUUUCUACCUCCCACAAAGUGAAAAAGAGAGUCAAUGGUUCUCCGGAUUUGAAAAGAGCAUUAAGUCUCAUCUCUGCAUAACAUAUAUAGGACCAUACAGAAGUGAAGUUCCCUUGAUAAUAUUUCUUUUUCUCAGUCCCUUAAUAUUGUAUCAUUGGACCCCCUUCGGCGAUCUUUCGUCCCGGAAGUGUGGCAGCUCUCGGGGCCGUUCCAGCCACCAACCUCUCUAUCAUCGCUCCGCCUCUUCAUCGGCCAUGAAGUCUGUUUUCGUUACCGUUGGCACCACCAGCUUUGAUGACCUCAUUGCGGCCGUGACGAGCCCCGAAGCGACCCAGGUUUUACAGGAUCUCGGCUAUCGCAAGCUCAUCCUUCAGGUUGGCCGGGGCAAGGAAUGUCCAGAUCCAUUUAGCACAGCCACACUUACUCUGGAAGUGUUCAGAUUCAAGAGUUCACUUUCUGAAGAUGUGAAAAAAGCAGAUCUGGUCAUAAGCCAUACAGGAGCAGGCAGCUGUUUGGAAGUUUUGGAAGCUGGGAAACCUCUCCUGGUUGUGAUCAAUGACCAACUUAUGGACAACCAUCAGUUGGAACUGGCCAGGCAGCUGCACAAAGAUGGACAUCUCUUUUACUGCACAUGCAAGACCCUUGUGGAGAUGCUCAGAUCAAUGGACUUGUCUACUCUGAAGCCAUUCCUUCCUGGACAGCCAGAAAAAUUUGGUGCUUUCUUGGAUAACGUGAUUGGCAGUUAGCUACGUGGGUUAUAACAAAUUGCUGCCAGAACUGAAACUGGCCUAAGACCUAUGCAAGCUUACAACAGUAUUUGUCACCUCCAAUGAAAUUAAGAAUUAAAGCAUUCAGUAGGGCCAGCUUUUGUGUGAAACCAGCUGAAGUUUUUAUACCACAUUUUGUAAACCUAAAACGGAGAUGAGAAUAUACCUUGCCUGGCAUAUAAAGCAAAGAGGCCCUUGGCUUGAUUCAUACAGUGGACAAAGUGCCAAAACCAAUCUGUGUUAUGAUAUUUAUGUUGUGUAAACUCAAGUCUCAUUCAGUAAAACAUGAUUAAGCAGGAUGAUUUCCCACAGUAGGUGAACCGAACACAUGAUUUGUGACUUAGGCAAUCACGGCUCAUUCAACAAACCAUAAUCAAUGUAAUACUGUUUCCUAUAUAAAUUCAUCAAAUUAAUAUAAAUAGCCAAGAGGCUCCCAUGCUAUUUAAAUGUCUAAAUCCUGUCAUCAUUUUGCAUAAAAAAAACACAAAUUCCAUGCAAUCUAUAAACCCUUCUUCUCUUGAAAAAAAAUAUUGUAUCAUUAAUUUACAUGUGUUAAAAGCUUUGUUCUUUGAAAUGCCACAGACUUGCAUAAAAUUGUGCAAAUGUCUCAUGCAUCAGAAUUAGCACCACAAAGAAGUGCUAGACUACUGGUAACUAAUGCAAGGCAUAUUUUUGAAUUACAGCUCCUUUGAUUCCCCUUGGAAGAAGAGAUGUUAAGCAAUCCAAAUAAAGUUGCUUUCCUGAUAAAAUAAUGUGUACAUCUAGCUUUCUUAUACCAUUUGAUAGUAGAAACCAAAGGACUGCAAAAUAACAUUACUCCAAAAAUGCUCAGUAUAUUUCCUGAGUGGUCAAUGUGGAAAAUUAUGGAUCUUUUAUUUUUAUGCCAAGAUACUGAGGAUAGGAUUACCUUGCUGAAUACCUCUGAAUUUUCAAUUCAAAAGUUUAUAUGAGCAAUAAUCUUUUGUUACGGCUUCCUUGGAUUCUGUUCUAUUCUACUCUAGACUUAUAUCCUGCCUUUUGUACAGAAGCUCCAGGGAAGGUAAAUAGUGCUUCUCAUAUUUUUUCCCCCAAGACCACAACCCCGGGAGGUAUGAGUUCAGAAUGUCUAGCCCUAGCCCAAAGUCACCCAGGGAACUUCCAUAGUUGAAGGUGAAGUAAAACUUACGUCUCCUUACUUCAUCUACCAAUAACUUAACUCCUACACCGCAUUCUUGAUUUUUACUCCGCCUUUUCCUAGAAUCUAGGUGGCUUAUUUGGUGUAGUGGUCCUGACCUAUGACAUAUCUGGCUCUUGCCGCAAAUUUCAACAUUUGCACCACCCGAUUGCACCACCAGGCUCACAGUUUCCUAGGUAAGCAAAUUCCUACUCCACCUCCUUAGUGCUUUUGCGAAAACAUAUACCGCGCAUUUACAAUCAACUCCCAGCUGCUUGGCCUGCAAGAAGACACCCCCCCCCCUCCGCUCAGCAGACUGUAAACAUCUCCACCUCCGAACUCUCCCACUUUCCGCGCGGAAGAAAGAGCCCGUCGGCUGUUCCAACACCUCCUCCCGCGCUGACGCAGAGAACAAACAAUCAGCGGAGCUUUGAGCCCCGCCCCUCUCUAACUUUCUGCGCGGAGAGAAUUGGAGAUAGAGGCUUCCUUUUGCACGGCCCGGCCAAUC